AUGUCCUACGGUCCUCCGCAAGGUCAGCCUCCGUGGGGAGGCUAUCCUCCUGCCGGGCAAGGUUACGGCUCACCAUACCCUCCACAAGGUCCGCCUCAGCACAGCGGCUAUCCUCCACCACCCCAAGGAGGAUAUCCUCCGCCUCCGCAUGGAGGCUACGGCGGGCCUCCUCCUCAAGGUCAAUAUCCUCCUCAAUCAGGAGGCGCAUUCCCUCCUCCAGGCAACUAUGGUCCUGGCCCAGGCGGAUAUCCACCGCAGCAAUACGGCGGUCCGCCUGCCCUGCCGUCACCAGGAUACGACCCUCGCGCACAAGCGCAUGGAGACGCGUCCGCCGACGCAAACGCCCUGCGCGCAGCCAUGAAAGGCUUUGGAACGGAUGAAAAGACGUUGAUCCGGAUCCUCUCGAAACCGGACCCGCUGCAGAUGGCACUUUUGAGAAACACAUAUACCCAGCUACACCGGCGCGAUCUGGAAAAGGACAUACGAUCCGAAACCUCGAAAUACUUCCGCGACGGCCUGGUGGCGCUCGUGCGGGGGCCACUGAUGAACGAUGUGUAUGACGUGUACGACGCGAUCAAGGGGCUGGGAACGAAAGAGUCGGUCCUGAAUGAUGUCCUUUUGGGCCGGUCCAACGCCGACAUGCGCGCCAUCAAACAGGCUUACCAGCAGACUUUUCAGCAUACGCUAGAGGCCGACGUCAAGGGCGAUCUGUCGAUGAAGACAGAGCAGUUAUUCAGUAUGGUCAUGGCUGCCACGCGGAACGAGGAGUCGACGCCCGUGAUUCCCGCGGACCUCGACCGCGACUGUUCGGAUCUCCAUCGCGCCAUGGACGCCCGCAUCGGUACUGACCAGGUCACGGUAUGCAGCAUCCUGGCGAACCGGAGCGAUGGCCAAAUCCGCGCCAUCAACCAGCACUGGCAGCACAAGUACCACAGCAGUCUGGAGAAGGUGAUCGAGUCCGAGUUCUCAGGCCACAUGAAGGACGCGUUGCUGUUGAUGGUUCGUCGUGCCUCUGAUCGUAUCAUGUCCGACGCUGUCCAGCUCGAGGAUGCCAUGGCCGGCCCCGGCACAAAAGAUAAACUGCUCGUCCAGCGUGUCGUCAGGGUCCAUUGGGACCGCGCCCAUCUCGACCAGGUCAAGCGUGCUUAUGCUCAUCGCUACAAGAAGGACUUGAUCCAGCGCGUCAAAGGGGAAAUCCAUUUUGACAAGCAUUACGAGGCCCUGAUGGUUGCUUGUUUGUCUUGA